AUCCAACAUACUCAUAAUCAUCAUCAUCAUCAACAUUAUCAUCGUGAUUAUAACAACAUCUUCAUGAUCAUUUGCCGAUUAUCAUAUUUCAGAUAUAUUAUCAACUAGAAACGCCUUGAUGGUGGCAGUGGUUCUCUUAUCAAACACACAUACACACACACACAUAUAUACAAAGGAUCAUCAUUUAACCGUAGAGACCGUAUAUUUAUCAUUUUUCCAAAUCAAAUAGUUGGUGUAUGGAUGCACAUAUAUUACUUGUUGAUCCUAUCCAAUGAAUCCAAUGAAUUGGUUUUAAUUUUAUUAUAUUAUUUUUUUCAAAUAUAUCAUUAGAUCAGCAGUGCACAUCAAUUUUUUUUGUUGUUGUCUGGUUACUAAUCCAAUUAAUAUUGGUUGUGGUGGGUGUGUGUAUACAUCAUCACAACACCUAUUGAAACUAUUGAAAUUAGCCUUUAUGAAACACUGUUGUGAAUUUUCACCUAGUCUCUUAUAUUUUCGAAUACUAAUAUUUAUCGAAAAUAUCAUAAAAAUUCAAAAGAAUCAGAAUGAGUUUAGCUAAACUUGUUCCAAUUAGUCGUUUAAAAUAUCUGACUAAAAUCCGUGAAGUGACCAUCGAUGAUCUAACAUUUCGUUUACAUUAUCGUUUUACAUUUUCAUUUCUGAUCAUCGGCAGUCUCUUGUUGGCUGGUGAACAAUUUUUCGGCAAACCAAUUCAAUGUAUAAAUGUCAAAGAUGGUACGGUUCCGGAUGCCGUAAUCAAUUCAUAUUGUUGGAUUGAAGGGACAUUUACCUUGCCAAAAGGAUUGAUGAAAAUUAUCGGCUAUGAAGUAUCGGCACCGGGUGUAGAACAAUAUAAAGAAUUUGUUGAAGAGGCUAAACAUGUAAAAGAUGAAGUAAUUGAACAUUCCUAUUAUCAAUGGGUUGGUGUCGUUCUUUUUCUUCAAGCAUUAACAUUCUAUGUAGCACAUUUAUUAUGGAAAUUAUGGGAAAAAAACAAAAUGAAAGACAUAAUAAAUGAUCUGAACAAAGCAAUAUUGGAAAAUGAAAAGAAAACGACAGGUAAAUCGAAUCUGGUCACGUAUCUUUAUAAAUCAUUCGGACGUAACAGUAGUUAUGCUUUCCGAUAUUUUCUCUGUGAAGUAUGGAAUCUGGUAAACGUUAUAAUUCAAAUGAUGUUCAUCAAUUGGUUUUUGGGUGGACAAUUUGCCAGCUAUGGUCUUGAUGUUCUCAUGUUUCUUGAUGGUGAUUAUUCAGAACGAGUCGAUCCUAUGGCUAAAACAUUUCCAAAAAUGACUAAAUGUACAUUCAGACGAUUUGGUCCAUCCGGUGAUAUUGUCAAAACUGACCAUCUUUGUAUGUUACCGUUGAAUAUAUUGAAUGAAAAAAUGUACGUCGUAUUCUGGUUUUGGUUAUAUUUGGUCACCAUAUUCUCUUCUAUAUCGAUCAUUCGACGUUUGAUUCUGAUGGUAUUUCCUGGUGUACGAUAUUUUUUACUCAGUAAAUUUCAACGUCUUGCCGAACCAAAAGAUUUACAGACAAUACUCGAUCAAUCCACAUAUGCCGAUUGGUUUGUCAUUCAUCUGCUAAGUAAAAAUCUUGAUCCAAUGCAUUUUCGUGAUGUAAUGAGAGAUUUGUCGAAAAAAAUCAAAGAUGGUGAUGAUUCCAACUAUGAGAAACAAGUCAACGAUACUAAUGUUUAAAUAUAAAUAAUAGCAAUCACAAAAAUUUCUAAUUUUGGAAUCGGAUAACACACAUAUUCCAAGACCUUAAAUAAUAAAUUGGAUAAACCUUUUUCUUCUGCUCAAAUCUUUGUUUUGUAAAAAAAUUUCCAAUUUUCAGUUUCCUGUAGAGGAAACACGCACAUUUAUUUUUUUUAUAGAUUCAAAUAAAAAAAGUUUUUGUUCUCA